CACGAGGUAUUUGCAUAAAGGAUCAGUCUCCAGCAUUUUCAAAGUAUCUAGUUUUUUCCAUCUUUAGUUUUUCUUGUUUGAAGCUCAAGCAGGUAUGUUAAUUUUCUUGGACUUCGGGGAAGGGGAUUUUCUUAGUAUGUUAGUUAUUGAUCACAUAUGGCUCAUGACUUCUACAUGACAAACGUGCCCUUUGAAGCUUCGUUUCCGCCUGUGGUAAUCUUAACCUCUGCACUGUUUUCAUCUGUGCAUAGCUGCUAUUGGAGAUGAUGACCUUGACUGAUUCUGAACACUCUGAACUUACAUUGGUUUUCUUACUAGCCAAGUGUGACUAUGAAAACACGGGACGGAGUCUCCGCUGAUUCUGUGGCUACUUCUCAUCAAAUAAUUUUCCAGAAAACUGUCCCGUCGACCCUAGAGGGCACAGAGGAUUGGGUUAUUGUAGACAAAAUACCCACUGAGGUAGUUGAUGGUGAUUCGAAAAAGAUUGUCACUUACAAAGUGGUGACGGUGAGCAGUAAAACCGGUGAGAUCCCAGGCGACUUGCUCAAAUCUGGCAUGAUGGACAUGCAUGGCUUCGACGACUUGGCCAGAGAAAUAGAGCUUAAAGAAGAGAACAAGCAGAAGGUAUACACGCUAGGGAAAUCCUACGACACUGUCUCUGGAAGAAUCGUCACCAUGACCGGGAAACCUAAAGACGGGGAGAAAGGACCGCAGCCCUCUACACUGGAAGGCCUGCAGAAGAUGGAGAGAGGCGCCUCAGAAGGCGUGAGGGUGAGUCCCCUACUGGUGGAAUACGAGGUCCUGGAAGCCCGGACUGAUGAGAAAUCCAGAAGAGCGCCCGAGGUCCAGACCCCGAAGCGGAGAUUGUCAGAAUCCCUGGCGCCCAUCAAGGAAGCUGAAUCUCGCCGGCAAAGCCCUGAGGAAGAUGAUACCCAGAAGGCUCCAAAGCUAGGAGAGAGUGCGCCUGCGCACCCCAAGUUCAGCAAAACCCAGCAGGUGCCAGAGUGCGAGGUCCUCAAGGUGGGGCCCUUUGGCCCACGCAGGAAGAGCCUGUCUGAGUGGCGGUACUCCCACGAGCCGGCCUUUACCAUCGCUACUGCUCACUAUGUCACCGAGUCGUCCGCAUCCCAAGUGGUGGUAACCAGUGGCUCUCAUUCGGUCACGGCUUAAGAUUCCAGCAUGACAGUUUUUGAAACGGCGCCCUUCCACCCUGAACCUUUUCCGUUUUCUCUUGCCGCUUGGCUUUAUGUUGAGAGCAGCGAGCCCAGCCCCAGCUUUUUUUCUUUUUUCUUUUUUCAUAAUUAAUCAAUAUUGCAGUCCAAAGUCAGCAUUAAAACACUUUCCCGUUUUAUUUCCAGCUGCCCAUUCCCAAGGUGUGAUGAAGCUUCUGUGGCUUGCAAUGAUGAGGGGAAGGGACCCGCUUAGAUCGGGGCCACCCUAAUGCUAAUAACUCUCUGCUUUAGCACACGGGGGCUCGUGGUCGCCUAGUUCGCUACAUUAUGCCCUGUUCCUUUCUGUUUCCAAGCUCUGUUCCUGGACUCCUUCCCCCCUGCUCCCUUUCCUCUGCCUCCAGUUUUGUCUAACAAGCUGCAAAUGUGUGUCUGAGCUGUCUCUCUCGUGCUUGACUCUCA